CAGGUCGCUGUCACGUCAUCGCGUCAGCUGCUCUCGCGGCGCUUUUUUAUUGUUAUCGGCCGAUUGCGACGUUGCUUGCUUAUUUAGUUUUUACGAAAAUAAACUUUUAAUUUGUUAAUAAUAAUUGUGUCCCAGUGCAACAAUACCUAAAUUAGCCAGACUUGCCCGCUACAAGAUAUUUCCGAUAGACGACGUUUCAGCAGCAUCCAACCAAGAGCCGUCAUCAGGAAAAUAAACGAACUAUUACAACAAUGCGCUAGAUCUUUUUCCUGUUAAAAGUCGACAAUCGCUUCCGCUUUUUUUGCCUACCCGCUUGUGCGAUUUUUUAGUUACAAGAACCUAACUACUAUCUUGUGUUAAUUGUUGUUGUGAUCCAACUACUAUCGCGUGAUAAUUUUUAAUCAUUCUGAAACGUAGUUACUCGAAAUGGACAAUAAUUCUACCUGAUUCUUGAACAAAUUUUUCUGUGAAACAAAAAAAAAAGAAAAGUCACGCCGCGCUUCUUCGUCCUUUUCGAAUCAAGUGAUAAAUCGCGUCCACACAAAAACAAAAACUCGUUUUUUAUAUUUGUAAUUUUAACUACUAAAAACACAAAAUGGCAAUGGUUAACCUGUUGAACGGCAAAGAUUCGCGCUGGCUCCAACUGGAAGUCUGCAGAGAGUUCCAGAGACAGAAAUGUUCCAGGCCGGAUACGGAAUGCAAGUUUGCACAUCCACCAGCCAACGUUGAAGUACAAAAUGGUCGAGUUACGGCUUGCUACGACAGUAUUAAGGGCCGGUGUAAUAGAGAAAAACCGCCUUGCAAAUACUUUCAUCCUCCACAACACCUCAAAGAUCAGCUGUUGAUCAACGGUAGGAAUCACUUGGCUCUCAAAAACGCGUUAAUGCAACAAAUGGGUCUUACACCUGGACAACCCCUAGUUCCUGGACAAGUACAAGCAGUGGUGGAUCAGCCAAAUGAAAGUCUCCCCUUCACCUACUUCCCAUAUUUGUCCAUGACAUUUGAAGAGCAGUACGCACUUAUGGCCGCAAAUCCGUACCUGACUGGAAUGCCCCAAGUGGGAAGCACAUACAGCCCCUAUUUUGCACCCGGUCCCAUAAUGCCCACGAUAAUGCAAGAUCCCACCGGAGUGGGAUCGCCUUUGGGGGUAGUGCCUCAGACAGUUGUCACGCAACAAAAGAUGCCACGAUCUGAUCGGUUAGAGGUGUGCCGUGAGUUCCAGCGCGGAGCGUGUAAGCGCGCAGAGUCCGAAUGUCGCUUUGCGCAUCCCGCCGACUCUGUGACCGCCAACGAGGACGGCACGGUCACUGUCUGCAUGGACGCAGUCAAGGGCCGGUGCAACCGCGACCCCUGCCGCUAUUUCCACCCCCCUCUGCACCUCCAAGCCCAAAUCAAGGCCGCACAGUCGCGGGCUAGCGCGAUGGACAUGAAAUCUGUUGGAUCAUUUUAUUAUGACAAUUUUGCCUUUCCUGCGGGCAUGGUUCCUUACAAACGACCAGCCGCAGACAAAUCCGGCGUACCAGUGUACCAACCCAACGCAACCACCUACCAACAAUUGAUGCAACUCCAACAGCCGUUCGUGCCCGUGUCAUGUGUCGCUGAAAUACCGAUACUCAUUACUGGACACCCUCCCGGUGUGCCAAGAUUUUAAUCGUGGCCUUUGCACUCGGCCAACCUGCAAAUUUGUACAUCUACAGGAAGGGGAGGGCGUUGAAGUGAUCGACAACCGCGUGGCGGUGUGCCGGGACGCUGCAAAAGGCCAGUGCGGCCGUUCUGCCUGUAAAUAUUACCACAUCCCCGUGGUACUGCCCCCGGCGCCCGUCAUGGCCGCCCUAUCCUCUUACCUGCAGUAGCGACAACGACUAACACCGAAACCUUAUUUAUCAUAAUAAUAAAAUAUGUUUAUAUAUUGCAUAGACGUUUUUAUUAUACAUUAUUAUUAUAUUAUACUUAUUGGUCAUUUAAUGACGGUGAAAAAAUAAUACAUAUUAUUGUUUUGUAUUUGAUUGAUGAUGGUUAGAUUAUUGAUUUUUUUUAGAUGUGUGAGUGUGUGAGUGAAUUUCUUCUGUAUGUUUGUUUGUUUGUUUGUUUGACAUCCUACCAGCUAAAGUCUCUCUGAUGUCACAUAAUACGUUCGUCUUAAUACACAGGCAAUUGACAAUCAGGGAGAUAUCUUUUAAUAUUGUCUUUUACCUCGCCUCGACAUCUAUUAUCUCCUCUUAAACUAUUGCUAAAUAAGAAACAACGAAUAAAAAUAUAAAAAGCUUUAAAUUAUUUGUAUAACUCUUGAAAUAUUUAGCUUCAAUAAUCCUUUUGAUAACUUUAAUCCAAUCCAAUAUGAAAAGACUGAAAAGUUAGAACGGGUGUCCAUUUAAUCUAUAACUUUGAUAUCUCCCCAUUCAGUCAAAUGCCACUAAAGGGUGGAUUUCAUGUUCCUGUAUAAGCAUUUAGAAUUUUUUUUGAUCUGGUAUUAAAGGGUGGAAGAGGAGCGCCGUGUGUGAUAUCGGGUGGUCUGAACGAACGACUGAGUGAUAUUUUGUUGGCGUAUAUUUUCGUUAUAUACCAAAAUAUAUGUUAACAAACAUUUUGUAUAUAACUAUUAAAGUAGGUCAUUACGGACAAAACUCGCAUAUAAGGGAUUUAUUUUAUUCGUCUUAUAAUAGUGUUCUAAAGUUUACUAGGUCUAACAAAUUAUAUUCUAACAAAAACUCGUUACAUUUAUAUUGUAAAUUAAACAAAAUAAAAAAAAAAUCAACACACAUCGAUAAUAAAACCUAGAAGAAAAAAAAAGCAGGUAGUAGCAUGUUUGUUUUUAUGUUUUUCAGAGUAUUUUUUUGCCAAAAAUUAAUUUUUCUGACAAACUUGCUACUAUUUCCCUUCCCUUUUAAUACCAUGAGAUAGAGUGAGAGCUUCCUUCAGAGCACGGGUCUCUGCUUUAUGCUUGUAGUGCGUCGCAUUGUUUGCUAGGUUUGUUGGGUUUUGCCCUUUGAGUGCCUCGUGCCACCCCCAAUCCCACUGAAUUCGUUUUUUUUUUUUUUUUGGGGUGAUUUAGCCCAAACUGUCGCUUUGGUAAUUUAGUAUUUUUAAAAAUUCCCUUUAAAUGCGACAAUCAAUAGUUGUCAACAAAAAUGUGAUACAAGCCUUACAGGGGAAUUUUUAAGAUGCAGUUUUUUAUUUUUUCCUCGCUGAUAUUGUAUUUUAUUUUAUUGUAUGUUUAAAUUUUAAGUUACAAUCCUGUGACAGUUAUUUAUAUUUAACCGGUGACUCCACUGUGAUAACUAUAAAAUGUAUUUUUAUUUUUAUUUUAUUUUUUUUUUUUGUAUGAAAUAAUUAUCUUGAGUUUGACACGUUUGGAUAAAUCAUUCUGUAUACAGGGUGGUCCAAUUUGGACAUUUUUAAUAGGAAAGCAAGAUACACUGUGAGGCUUAAAUUUUAUGAAAUCUUGAUUGGUGCACACUGCAUUUUGAUAUAUGCAACCGUUUUGCCACUAGAGGGUGUUUCUCGAUUUUGAGCAACACUGUGAAAGCUUCAAAUCUUUUUUGAUUAUGAAAAUAAUUAUUUUCUGUGGUACUUUUUUAAGCAACAUCCAGUGACGUUCUCAGUUUUUUUCUAUUUGGCCCUGAUUUCGAAAUAUUGAAUAAAUGAAUGAAUUAGGAGUAUUGUUACACUGCGACCUGCAUAGAUCUAUUGCUGGGAAAAUAAAAAAAUAUUACAUUUCAAAACCAAUCGAGAACUGCGAAUAUCCAAACAUUAAAUUUUAAAGCCAAUCAUAACCGGGAAUAUUCAAAAAUUGAAUUUUAAAACGUCAAAUCAAGUCAAUCAAGAGCCGGGAAUAGUUGAAAAUUGAAUUUUAAAGUCAAUCAAGAAACAAAAAUUGAAUUUUUUACGGAAAUCAAUUCAUUUAGAUGCGGUGUCUAUCUGUAUUGAAAUGUCAUUGGAAACGCCCUCUAGCGGCAAAUCGGUUUAAGAUAUCAAAAUGCGGUUUGCACCAAUCAAGAUUCAAGAAAUUUGAGCCUCACAGUGGUUCAUUUUUUUGAAAUUGACAUUUCCUAUUGAAAGUGUCCAUAUAUUGGACCACCCUGUACAUUAACUACUGUAGGUCCAAAUCUUAAAAGAUUUUUUUAAAUAAUAUCGAUAAAUUGAAGCCUACAGAAGUUAGUAAUUUAUUUAAAAAAAAAAAAUACCGAUUAGUGUUAACCCACUUUGCUAUAUUAUUAUGAUUAUUGUAGGAGGUCUGAUAUGAAAUAUUGCAAAUAUUGCGAAUUUUGUCAAUAUUUAAAACGUUCUUGGGCUGAAAAUCGACUAUUUCACCACAAAACUGCAUGUUCAAUAACUACUCUUGAACAAAAAACAAAACAAAAAUAAAAAGUUGUGAAAAAAAAAUGGCUGAUUUCAUCAGACAUUGAACAGUAAAAAACCUGCUAAAAGUGUUUCAAAUUUGAAAUGCAUUAACAAAAACUCAGAAAUUGUUAUUUCAUAUCAGAUCAUUGUAGUCCAUAGUUAGCAUAUAGAAUAAUUUUCUUAACAAUUAUUAUUGUUACAUUAUUAUCUUGCAUGUGUCUCUAGUUGGAAACAAUUAUUAGAAUCUAUUCAAAUAUAGUGAAUAGAUUUUUAGCUUGUACCCCCCUUUUAGCGAUAUUAUGUGCAUGUUAUUAACGCUAAAAGCAUUUUUCUUUUUAUUAGUUUUUAAUACGCUUUUAUUCCCGCUUGAUUCAGAUCAUGACAAUUGUUUGAUAUUUCAAUUUUUAUAAAUUACAAAAACAAAAUUAUCGUUUUGGCUUAUUAAUACCAAAUAGGAAAAAAAUUUGUGAUUACUAUUGAAAAUUUAUGUUUCGGAUUUUUAUUUUAUUUGUUUUGUAAUAUUUUAUUGUACAGUUGUUGUUGAUGAUAGAAAUGUAGAUCUUGGAAAAGAAUCAAUCAGAAAGUCCUUUUUUGUAAUGUUGCUGAAACAAAUCUUAACUUUGUUAGGAUUUAUCUGCUAUAUUUUGCUUUUUGCUAUGCCUAAAAAACGCCUAUCCCCAGCUUGGCUGACAGAAAUAUAAAAUAACACUCUGUUCAAGUCGUAUUUGCUUAAUUCAGUUAAUUUUAUUGAUAUUUUUAAUUGUUAUUAGUUGUAAAGGCCCGUCAGUUGCCUGAGAAAAAAAAAAAAUUAAUUAAUUAAUAGGUACAUACCUAGAUAUAGUUUUUAAAAAAAUAUAUAUUUUUAUAUGUUUGUGUUUUUGAAUUUGAAGAUUUUUUUAGUUUAUUAGUUGUUUUUUAUUUUGUUUGUUAUUUGGUAACUGACUGUGUGGCGAGUUGGUGAGAUUUCUUAUUUUUAAAAUAAGCAUCGACCUAAAUUAAAAAAAAAAAAAAAAAUAGAUAUGUAGGUCUCUAACCUAGUUGUUGUUAUUGAUAUAUUUUUAGGACAUCUGAAAUUUUCUGAAAAAUAAAGUUAAGUAAAAAAACAGAGUGAUUCUAAAAAAAAAUGUGAGCCACAUUAAAAAAAAAAAGGACUUUUCAAACCCCCACACUCGUCUACAGUAAAACAAACAAUGAAUUGUAAAUAUAGUGGCUCAUUUUAUUUUUUCAUUUUAUCAACAACAAUUUUGUGAUAUUUUUAGUAAUGAUUGUUAUUUAAGUCACAUCACUAAACGCAAACAAUUUAGCUGUUUGCUCCUACUGUUGGAAAAUGGACGCGGCUUAUAUAGGGACUAGUGAUGGCUCUCCAUUUUCUAGCAGCUUUGUUAAGUGGAUAGUGGAUACCCAGGAAAAUAUAUUGUUUGUGAUUUUUGGAUAAUGGGAUUUUCCAAAACUAUAAUUAGCUGACCCCACACCCCUGACAAGAGUUAUAAUCUCUGAAAAAUGUACUCUAAUAUCUAUACUUACUGGUACUGAAAUAUUGAAAUUUAAAAAUUUUCAAAUAAUAAAGAAAAAAAUUGUUAACUAAUAGCCAAUAAACAUCAAUCACAAACAAUAAAUUUCCUGGUCAAAAUAAUUAAUUUUAAGAAUUUAUCUACAAUAAUCCUGGAGAAAAAAAAAUAAAGGGCGAGGUUAGUUCAGCAACAAGGAGGAAUACUAAAAAAGAUUAUUUUUCGACAAAUAUAAAUUUUAUGAUUGUAUAAUAAAUAAUAAUUAUUGUGUGUGUAUGUUAUUUAAGGACAACAAUGUAUCGGCCCCCGGGUGGUUUCUUCCUUAUUGUUGAAUAUGAAAUGGCAUCCAUGUAGGGACGCUUCUACUUGUCUUUUUGAUUGGCGAGUGUUGAUAUUAAAAAAAAAAAUUGUUUAUUCUUGUAAAUUCUUGUAUAAAAAUUAUGUUUACCUGUUAAAUAAUUAAGUUCCUACAUGAAUGUCGCAAAUUGGUUUUGAAGGUUGUGAACUUAAUUUGAUAAAGUGUGUGAUUAUGAGAAUGUAGCCGACUAUUCCUUGCCUUCAAUUCAGGAUUUGUGUUAUACUUAUUGAUUUUUGUGCCAUACUAAUGUCAAUAAAUUUGUCUUUUUAUCAAUUAAUUCAAAAUUGUAGUCAAACAUUUUGUCAAGUUUUCACAGUUCACAUUAUGUCUCGUAGACAUGAUUAUUGAUAUACUAUUGUUUAUUAAUUAUUAAUAUUGUAUAAGAAUAAACUAAUGAUGUGAUGAUGAUCAGUAGAUCAUACAACAAGGGGCUUUUAGGCCCUCAUUUUCUGAAUAUAGUAGAGAUAAUAAACCAUUAUGUGAAAUUU